AUGGGAAAAACCGCCAACACUCCAAACACCACUGAUGUUCCCACCACAGGAUUCACAACCAGCUAUAGUAAGUCAACAACUAAACCUCCCGCAAUCACCGCAACUGCCGAACAUCUGGCUGAAGAAACUGGUAAAACGGCAGAGAGAGCAGUUCCCAGAAAACAAGCUGAGGAAGAGGAAGGUCCUCUGGAAUUUGCAAGGAGGUCCGCCAGGAGCGUUAACGUAGGAGAGAAGCCCGAAACGGUCCUGAAGAAACCCAGAGUCAUCGCCAAGAAGCCGAGGGUUGUCAAGAAAGCCAAACCAAAGGCCAAAAAAAGUGUGAGCACAUCAGUGGCCAGCACGGAAACUGUCCCGCAAUGUCCUCCACUGGGUCUGGAGUCCCUAAAAGUCAAAGACACUCAGCUGAGAGCGUCGUCCUACAAACGCAGGGGCCUGGGCCCUCACCGCGGCCGUCUCAACAUCCAGUCUGGGAUAGAGGAUGGAGACAUCUAUGAUGGAGCCUGGUGUGCUCAGUACCGAGACAGGAAGCAGUGGCUGGAGGUCGACGCGCGGCGGCCGACUCGCUUCACCGGUGUCAUCCUGCAGGGUCGCAGCUCCAUCUGGAGUUGGGACAUGGUGCACACCUACAAGGUGCAGUUCAGUAACGACUCGUAUGUCUGGAAGCCAUGCAUGAACGGGACCCAAGAGGCUGUAUUCGAAGGGAACCAGGAUACUGAGUCACCUGUCCUCGCCCUGUUCAACACUUCCACAGUGGCCCGUUACAUCCGGAUCAACCCGCAGACCUGGUACCAGAACGGGACGGAGGGGGACAUCUGCCUGAGAGCCGAGGUGUUGGGCUGCACACUCCCAGAUCCAAAUAACAUCUACGCAUGGCAGACAGAGCCAGCGGAGUCCGAAGACAAACUGGACUUCAGACACCACAACUACAAGGAGAUGAGAAAGCUGAUGAAGUCAGUGAACGAGGCCUGUCCUGACAUCACCCGCAUCUACAGCAUCGGAAAGAGCUACACGGGUCUGAAGCUCUACGUCAUGGAGAUCUCUGACAACCCCGGAAAACACGAACUGGGAGAACCAGAGUUCCGGUACGUCGCAGGGAUGCACGGGAACGAGGUGCUGGGCCGGGAGCUUCUGCUCUAUCUGAUGCAGCACAUGUGCCAGGAAUACAAGCGGGGCGACCAGCGCAUCGUCCGCCUGGUCAAAGAGACUCGCAUCCACCUCCUGCCUUCCAUGAACCCUGAUGGCUAUGAGAUAGCCUUUAAAAAGGGCUCGGAGCUGGCAGGUUGGGCCCUGGGACGUUACAGCUACGAAGGCAUAGACAUGAACCACAAUUUUGCUGACCUCAACUCAGUGAUGUGGACUGCCAUCGAGCUGGAGACGGACCGGUCCAAACUCAUCAACCACUACUUCCCCAUCCCCGAGCAGUACACCUCCGAGGAAGCCUUCGUGGCGUCAGAGACCCGAGCUGUCAUCAACUGGAUGCAGAACAUCCCCUUUGUUCUUAGCGCCAACCUCCACGGCGGAGAGCUGGUGGUCACCUACCCGUACGACAUGACCCGGGACUGGGCACCUCGUGAGCACACGCCGACCGCUGACGAGAGCUUCUUCCGCUGGCUGGCCACAGCGUACGCCAGCACCAAUAAGGUGAUGUCCAACCCAGACCGGCGGCCCUGCCACAACAAGGACUUCCUCAGAUAUAACAACAUCAUCAAUGGAGCCGCCUGGCACAACGUACCAGGAAGUAUGAAUGAUUUCAGCUACCUCCACACCAACUGUUUCGAGGUGACGGUGGAGCUGUCUUGUGAUAAAUUCCCUCAUGCCAGCGAGCUUCCCAUCGAGUGGGACAACAACAAAGAGUCUCUGCUGGUUUACAUGGAGCAGGUUCACCGUGGAAUUAAAGGUGUGGUUCGGGACAAAGACACGGAGGCCGGUAUAGCAGAUGCCAUCAUAAAAGUGGACGACAUUGAUCAUCAUAUUAGAUCAGUUGCUGAUGGCGACUACUGGCGGCUGCUGAAUCCCGGUGAGUACAGAGUGACGGCCAGCGCGGAGGGGUACCUCCCCUCCUCCCGCACCUGCCGGGUCAUAUGCCCAAACAGAGGCUAG